AUGCGACAAGGCAAUCUGUUUACGCAAUCAUUUACUUCGGCGCUAAGAACUCCGAGUUACCAGAAGUAUAUAGCGGAUAUUCUUUCUUUCUUUGAAUUCGCUUUUCUAUUUUAUCUCAUUUCUGCACUUUUACUCGUAUUAUGUAUCCUAACAAUACAUCUAUCUAUCUAUCUAUCUAUCUAUCUAUCUAUCUAUCUAUCUAUCUAUCUAUCUUUUAUUUUUUUUUAUAAAUGCAUUUAUCUAUCUAUCCUAUAUUUUUAUGAAUCCAUCUAUCUUUUAUUUUUAGGAAUCUAUGUAUUUAUCUUUCUAUCUUUAAGUUUUUUGUUACUUUCUCUUUCUUUCUUUUUAUCUAUCUAUCUAUCUAUCUAUCUAUCUAUCUAUCUAUCUAUCUAUCCUUUUGUUUUAUCUAUCUAUCUAUCUAUCUAUCUAUCUAUCUAUCUAUCUAUCUAUCUAUCUAUCUAUCUAUCUAUCUAUCCUUUUGUUUUAUCUAUCUAUCUAUCUAUCUAUCUAUCUAUCUAUCUAUCUAUUUAUCUAUCUAUCUAUCUAUCUAUGAAUUUAUCUACCUAUCCGCAAAAAAACAAAAAACAAAAAAAACAAAAAAAAAACAAAAACAAAAUAAUGAUCUACCUACUUACCUACCUACCUACCUACAUUUAUACAUACGUUCUUUCUUUCUUUCUUUCUUUCUUUCUUUCUUUCUUUCUUUGGCGUGUUUUCUUAUUUUUCUUCAGUGCUUUCAUACAGAAAUAUCUCUCUAUACUCACAUAUUCACACAUCCACCAUGUAGAUCACUUGCUUCGGAAAUGCAUUGUUACAUUUCAUGAUACACGCAUGCUUUCUGAACUUGGUCCGCUAACUUGCGGUUGCCUAGCAACAAAUCCCUGCCCAACCGCCUGGCCAACCUGA